ACUUUGGCUCACUCUGAAAUGCUCUGCCGUUCCUCUCCUGAGGCUCUGUGUACCGUUGGUGGCAGUUCUGCGUCCGUUUGAUUCACAAAGUGUAGGUCUCAAUGAAUUUAGUUUCUUUAGAGAUACAACAACUUUAGCAGAAAAAGAUGAACAUCCAUGUGGAAGGAUUGGUGGCAAUUGUCAUUUUCUACCUGCUGAUCCUUUUUGUGGGAAUUUGGGCUGCAUGGAAAAACAAGAAUUCCGGCGUGCUUGAAGGAACCGAUCGAAGCGAGACCAUUAUGGUCGGCGGAAGGGAUAUUGGAUUAUUUGUUGGCGCAUUUACCAUGACCGCAACUUGGGUCGGAGGGGGUUAUAUCAACGGCACAGCAGAGUAUGUCUAUCUACCCGGGUAUGGCUUGGCAUGGGCUCAGGCUCCAUUUGGAUAUGCACUCAGCCUUGUUUUGGGUGGCCUUUUCUUUGCCAAACCCAUGCGCUCCCGGGGUUACGUCACCAUGAUUGACCCUUUUCAGCAACUGUACGGCAAAAGAAUGGGAGGACUGCUGUUCAUCCCUGCACUAAUGGGGGAAAUAUUCUGGUCAGCCGCCAUCUUAUCUGCCCUUGGGGCUACGCUGAGUGUAAUCAUUGACAUUGACAUCAAUAUGUCUGUGAUCAUUUCGGCUCUUAUUGCCAUUUUCUACACGCUGGUGGGCGGUCUCUACUCAGUGGCCUACACUGAUGUUGUGCAGCUCUUUUGCAUCUUUUUAGGACUGUGGCUGAGCGUCCCUUUUGCUCUCUCAAACCCUGCGGUGUCUGACAUCGGAGUGACAGCAGUGAAGCAACUCUAUGUUAAUCAGACUGGGUGGCUUGGGAAGAUAGAGAGCGCAGACAAAUGGAUGUGGGCUGACAACUUUUGUCUUCUGAUGUUGGGGGGGAUUCCCUGGCAGGUUUAUUUUCAACGGGUUCUUUCUGCCUCUUCAGCUACCUAUGCUCAAGUCCUAUCCUUCCUGGCUGCCUUUGGCUGCAUCAUUAUGGCUGUUCCCUCAGUUCUGAUUGGAGCCAUCGGGGCAUCCACAGACUGGAACCAGACAUCCUAUGGACCCAAGCCUCCCAUGGAAAAGGACCAGGCUGACAUGAUCUUACCAAUCGUGUUACAGCACCUGUGCCCCACCUACAUCUCCUUUUUUGGUCUGGGGGCAGUUUCUGCUGCAGUGAUGUCAUCUGCUGACUCAUCCAUCCUGUCAGCCAGCUCCAUGUUUGCUAGAAACAUCUACCAGCUUGCUUUUCGCCAGACGGCUUCUGACCGUGAGAUUGUGUGGGUCAUGCGGAUCACUAUUUUUGUGUUUGGAGCUCUUGCAACAGCCAUGGCUCUCCUGACUGGUAGCGUUUAUGGUUUAUGGUACCUGAGCUCUGACCUGGUCUAUGUCAUCAUCUUCCCUCAACUUCUCAGUGUUCUCUUUAUUCGUGGGACGAACACAUACGGCUCAGUUGCUGGAUAUAUUUUUGGAUUGAUCCUGCGUGUUGGUGGAGGGGAGCCUUAUCUAAAACUGCCUCCAUUCAUCUACUACCCUGGAUGGACCAUUGAGGAGAAGGUCCACCAUGUGACCCAUGAAGUGGAAUAUCUAGUGAUGCAGAGGUUUCCCUUUAAGACAAUUUCAAUGCUGGCCUCAUUCCUAAGCAAUGUGGCCUUCUCAUACCUUUUUAAGUACCUGUUUGAGAGUGGCACUUUAUCAGCUAAAUAUGAUUUCUUGGAUGCAGUGGUGGCCAAGCACAGUGCCGAGAUAAUGGACAAGACCACACUGGUGAACAGGAACAUUAUUGGGCUACAUGAAAUGGCCCCUGUCAAACCAAGACUAAGUGUCACUUUAGCUGCUACCUUCACCAGGAAAGAAACCUUGACCGAAGAAGACGAAGACUCCAGCCCAGAGUCGCCAAGUCAUGAAAGUGAAUAAAGGCCAAUCCUGAAAACAAUCCGUGGAGGUCAUCUCUCUUCCAUAAUGUGAAGGACAGUGUUUUGCUCAGUAUGAAAUCUUUAUCUAUUUAUUUCAUGCCCCGUCACUUGUAUGUUGGAUUUUUCAUCACUGCUUUCAGAGGGGAAUGGGAUAUGAAAUGAAACUAUUGAAAAUUAAGUUAGAACAGAAACAACAACAGCAGUGAUUCUGGUGGUUUGGGUAAAAGCAGGAUAACAUUUAAAUUUAGGCAUUUAGCAGAUGCUUUUAUCCAAAAACUUGUUGGUGUUACCCGAGAAGCUCUUCAACUCCUGUUGGUACGUACAAAACCUGUGUGACUCUCCAUUCUUAAAAUGUCCAUAUACUGUGAUAAGAGCCAGAGAACUAUUAUUAUUAAUUUCUCUGAACCUGGAUACAGUCUGGUCCAGAUUUUUAAAAAUGUAACUAAAUGAUUACAGUAUAUCCGAUAUUGAUCCUAUAUAGAUAUUAAAAAAACCAUAGUUGUAGGUUUAUGUGUCAUACCAUUACUUAUUUUAAAAUCUAAUGAUCGGUAUUAGUGCAGAUAACCCUUUCGUACUGUCAUAAAAAUCUAAUGAAGCUCAACAGUUAUACGCUGUUCCAUAAAUAUGUCAAUAUAACAAGUGAUGUGCUUCCCAUCUACAAAAUACCUUUAACUGUGACAUAUGUGGAAAAUGUAUUUUUCAUAUUUAUAGUGCAAUAUUACGAUGAGCAGGAAAACAAGGAACGUGGAAAAAAUAUUUAAUCUUGUAAUCGCCUUAACUAGCUACAUUGAUUAGAUAGGGGUGACCAGACAUAAUUAUGCAAAGAAAGUUUGUCACUUUGUUGUACUUGCAAUUGAAUGUAGCUGCAACUGAUUUACCAUGUUUGAACAUCCGGGGUGUGUGAUGUGCUUUUUUGUGAUUUGCAAAGUCAUACAUGUGUCUAUAGACGUCAUUGUACCUGGUUCCAGUAUGAGCCAGAUGCUGUGUUAUUUUGUUGGCUUUAGUGUAACAGGAUUUUGUGUAAUGUGUGUAUUUAUAUUCUAAUGAAUAUGACUGUCCCGUAUUCCAAUGAAAUGUAUAUAUACAUACAAAUGUGACACUUCACAUUUAUUUGGCUUGGUUGAAACCAGCAACAAAAGUCUUUAUUUUAUUCAUUGUGACCUAAAACACAUUACACAUAGAACUAUUCGAAGAUAAUAAAUGUUAUUGUUUAAAAGUUUCAUAGUUG